AGCGGACUUCCCCCAACUUGGAGUUUAAUCAGUCACUGGAGCAAUGUGACUGUGGUGUUUGGGAACGUCGCGCAUGAUAAUAACAGAGUGGCCCUCUUUUUCUAUGUUAGGGAUAUUUAUUUUAAGGCGUUUGUUAAGUAUGAAUUACAGGAGUGGAGAGAUGGACUGGCGGUGGACAGUUUUCACACUGUUUUUGAACUUUCAGUUCACUUACGGGUCUCCCUCUUAUGACUUGUUCCAAGGGUCUGCAUACACUGGAGUGGUACACAGACACAGAAACAGGAACUGGUGUGCCUAUGUGGUGCGCAGGAACGUUAGCUGCGCCGUGCAGGGGAGUGUGGAGAGCUUCCAGGAGCCCGUAGUGGCCCCCUGCCCAGCCUACCAGACUGACUGCCAGCAACAAGUGACAUACCAAAAUCGGUUUCGUCCCACGUACAAGAUUGCCUUCAAAACAGUCACAGAGUUGGAGUGGAGAUGCUGUCCUGGUUACCAAGGUCUGGACUGUAAAGAUGUAAAACCACCCCUAGACCGUCAAACCGUUCAGGGAACACAGCCUUACCUCCCACCAAAUCCUGGAUAUACAACCAGACACACACAGAGGCCAGAGCGGAGAGAGACAGGGCACCAUGAGACGAGGCAUGGUGGGACAGAUAAGGUGCGUCUUCUGGAAGGUGAAGUUCAGCGUCUGUCUCAGACAGUCCUUGAUCUCCAGUCUGCUUUGACAGGGUUAACCGCCAACCUCCGCACAGAGCUGCAGGAAGACACAAAGAAGAUACUGGUGACACUUCUUAACAACAUGCGUCCGCCAGACAGUGCUACGGUUGUAAGCACAGAGGAGAGCCCAGCAGUGCUGGAUGGUCAUCAGGCUACUAAAGGUGGGAUGGCUGGACACAACGCUAUAGAAAAAAUAGUGAUCCGGUUGGACGAUAUCAACAAUGAACUGAAAAGCAAGGGUGAAGCUCUGGAAGACCUUAGAGGAACCAUGACAAGUCAUGAGGGGCAGAUCCGCGUCCUGAUGGAUGCCUCUCAAUCUCAGACUCCAGCCAUAGCAGAGUUUGAUGUUAUACAGACCUACGUUGAUGGAAAAAUUGAGAAGCUGAAGAAGGAGCUAGACCAGAAUGUGGAGGAACAGAUGGCCAAGCUGCAAAGCUCAUGCAAUGACAAAAUCAAGACCUGUGAAGACAACCGUGAUCAAGGUUUGGCUAGUCUGACCAAGCUGGUAGAUGCCAAAGAAGCUGAUCUGAGAAAGGAGAUCCGAGCACUACGUCUGGACAUGGCUGCCGCAGAUGGACCUAUACGAACUCAAAGGCAGACAGAUCCAUUCAAAGUGGAAGGGGAUCGGAGUGACCACAAAGACCUUUGGCGUGAGAUUGACCGUAUUGCAGAGGCUCACCGCAUCCUGAAUGUCCGCAUUGACAACGAGCUGGCGCACCUGUCUGCACCUCAGGAAGACAAUGAUUUCAGUCUAAUGGUGGAAGAGCUGGAGGCACGCAUUAAUAUCACGGAGCAAAAUGCAGAAACUCACUGUUUCUAUAUUGAAGAGAAGCUGACCCGUAUGAUUUCGGACCAAGUGGCAGAACUCCGGCAGCUUCUGGAGGAGCGUCUGAGCGGCAUGGAGGACCAGUUCACAAACAUGCUGGUGGAAAUGAGCAAUAGCUCCUUCCCUGGGAUGUUCGGUGACUCCAUGGAUGCCAUCCAGACAGAAGUCAACAACAAUAAGUUCCUCCUGCAAGGUUUGGAUGAUAAGGUCAAUGCUGUUGGAGAGUUGUGCUCUGCAGGAUGUUCAGGCUCAGGAAUUAGUGUUGGUGCAGUGAGUUCAUCACCCACACCUAAAGGUCUAGAAAACAUUUUGAAGGACCUUAGUCGAUAUAAGAAUGACUUGGACGUUCUUCACACAGAUGUCAGGGCCAACACGGACAAGCUCAGGCAACUGGAGGACAUUGUUGGAAGGGAGUCAGUCGCAAAUGAGGGACGUAUCAAGACGAUGGAGGACUUCCAGAAGGGAUUGAUUAAUCUCCAAGAUAAUGUGCUUGGUCUGGCUGGUGCUGUUACCGGGUUAAGUGACUCCAUAAGCAAAUACAACCAGGAUAUGCACAGAAUAAACUCAACAUGCUGCCAUGCAGAGCAGAGUGGCACUGGGAGUCCAGCAGUACUCAGUAGCCAGGCAGAUGACACCAGGCGUCAGGUGGAGGAGCUGGGUAACAGACUUGAUACACUCAGUAGGCAGGUGUCAUCUGAACUGAGUCAAUGUAGACAGAAUACACAGGGUGUUUCUGAUGGCAUCUCUGCUGUGAAUGGACGUGUGACCAGACUUGAAAAGGUGUGUGGCAGGCUAGACAGGGUUUCUGCUAAUAUCAGAGAGCUGAAAGAUGGACUGGACAGACAUGUUGGUGGUCUGCGGGACUAUGUGUACAGGAUGAACGUCACCUGUGGAAACCACGGCGCAGACAUCAUUGCACUGCAGAAUUCCUUGCAGAGGUUCCAUGCACAGCUGUCUGCGAUGGCCAAACACGUAUUGAAAGACGUCACCGCCAAGGAGCCAGGAAUGACAUUAAGACCAGAGAGGCCUGCUAUUUUGCCAAAUUUGACUCAGCCCAGUACCAGAAUCCAACAAAUCCACAUCCCUCUCAUCAUCCCACCGCCGCCAUACAAUCCCAGCCAACCACUGCAGCCCAACGUGCACUCGACGAAGAUCAGCCCACCAAGCCAGCCGUCCAGACCCCGCCAACCAGGCCACCCCACUGUUCCCUUGGUUCCCAAAAGGCCGGUGGUGGAAACGGGUGAGGCAGGACCUCCAGGGUACAGCCGCAGGGUGACUGUGCGGAGAGGGUCUGAAGACUCGUCCAGCAUGCCUGUCAAAGGAUUUGCUGGAGCACCAGGUUAUCCUCCUCCGCAGCCUGUGUUUUUCAAGCCUCUAUCAACCAGCCACCAAGUUCCCAUAGCAGCAAAGGUACCCUGGAACCCGAUGCAUCACGCUCCAGUUGAAUCUCCAGUUUCAGCCGACAACAGCGCCUUUGCAGAUCCCUUCUCCUUCUCUGCUGGCCUCACACAGCAGCCGCUCUCUGGAGACUUUGGCUUCAUCCGCUUCAACAGAGUUCUAGUCAAUGACGGAGGACACUACAAUCCCCACACAGGGAUCUUCACUGUACCUCUGGAUGGACGAUACCUGAUUUCAGGACUGUUGACUGCAAAGCAGGGUGACCGCGUGGAGGCUGUCCUGUCCGUGUCUAACCGCAGCAUCCAGAGGCUGCAGAGCUCAGUGGGGCCUGUGGCUGGCCAACACGGGGGCUCAGCUGCUGCGAACUGCGGCUGCGGAGGCUCGGUGUCCUUCAGUCUGAUUGUGCCCCUGAGGAAAGGAGACCGCGUGGGCCUGGUGAGGACCGGAGGCCAGCUUGCCACCACCGGGGCCAGGGAGAUCCUCUCCACCUACAGCGCCAUCUUCCUGUAUGCACCACAGGCCAAAAGAUAGCUGGAGCUCAGCUGGCCAGUAACAGCAAGGACUAGUUUGUUCCCAGAUAGUUGGACUGGAGGAAAUGUUAAAGAAACCAGUUUUCACUGAUUUGCUGUGAUGCAGCUUCUUUACAACGCAGUGCCACUGUGUGAAGAUCCUCACUUAUAAAUUCAGUUAAGAAGUCCUAACAUUGCAAGUGGUAAGCUAUUUGCCAAAUAUACCUGAAUACAAUAAGCAGGAUUUAUUUCUAAUGUAUUUGAUUAUCGAGUUGCUUCUUGUACCUAUUGUGGAUGUCUUGUGUAAAUAAGUGUUUAUAAAUUAACAUUAAAAAGAAUCAUGUAAUUAUUAUUUUAAGAAAACCAUCUCAGAAACUCAAUACAGUAUGGUCAACAUGUCAGCAGAAUAUGAUAUUGUUGGUAACACAAUGAACCAUGAUAAAUCAAAGUAUAAGGUCACUUCAUCUUACUCUGUAAUGUGUACUGCAGAAGGAGAGAAUGAUGAUUAAUAGAUACACGUGAAGAGACUGA